UCAAAAUUCUUCUCUCAAAAGUAAAAAGACAGGAAAACGUUUUAAGCAAAAAUGGCUUUUCAAGACUUCGACAAGAUUCAAGAACGCGUAAAUGCGGAGAGAAAACGUAAAUUCAGGAAGAGAAUCAUCUUUGGAAUCGUUUCUGCACUGGUUGUCGUUGCUGCCAUUAUUGGAGGUGGUUAUGCAUAUGUUACAUAUGAAAACAAAAGUCAAGACCAAGGGAAGACUACGAACAACAAAACUAAGGAGAGCCCCAGCAAAAGCGAGAGCCCGAGCCAGAAACCUCCAACAUCUGCAGCACAAACUGCGAGCCAGAAACCUCCAACAUCUGCAGCACAAACUGUGAAACCUAACCAGGUCGACAAGAUUAUCCAAACACUUUGCAAUUCCACUCUUUACAAACCAGUUUGCGAGAAAACUCUUAAAAAUGGGACAAAGACAGAUACUCCUCUAUCUGAUCCCAGGGGCCUUUUAAAGUCUGCCAUUGUAGCCGUCAAUGAAGAUCUAGAUAGAGUAUUCAAAAAGGUUGUGAGCCUGAAAACAGAGAAAAAAGAUGACAAAGACGCUAUAGCGCAGUGCAAGUUGCUUGUGGAUGAAGCUAAGGAAGAACUUGGCACCUCUGUGAAAAGAAUCAACGACACUGAGGCUAAUAACUUUGGGAAAGUAGUUCCCGAUUUGGACAGUUGGCUAAGUGCAGUCAUGUCUUAUCAAGAGACAUGUGUCGAUGGAUUUGAAGACGGGAAACUCAAGACCGAGAUACGUAAGAGUUUCAAUUCUUCUCAAGUUCUAACGAGCAACUCGCUGGCGAUGAUAAAAUCUAUAGACGGAUAUCUUUCCCCGGUUCCAAAGCUUAAAACGCGUCAUCUUCUUGAAUCAAGAAGAUCUUCAGCUGUAGAAAAAGAUCAUAGUACGUCUUGGUUAAGCAACAAGGAGAGACGAAUGUUAAAAGCUGUUGAUGUGAAAGCUUUGAAACCUAAUGCUACAGUGGCUAAAGAUGGCAGUGGAAAUUUCACAACCAUUAACGAUGCACUUAAAGCCAUGCCUGCUAAGUACAAAGGAAGGUACAUCAUCUAUGUCAAACAUGGAGUUUAUGAUGAAUCUGUGAUUGUUGACAAGAAGAAAGCUAAUGUUACAAUGAUCGGUGAUGGAUCACAGAAGACGAUCGUGACGGGAAACAAAAGCCACGCAAAGAAAAUCCGAACGUUCCUCACAGCAACAUUUGUGGCACAAGGAGAAGGAUUCAUGGCACAAUCCAUGGGGUUCCGGAACACGGCUGGGCCAGAGGGACACCAAGCGGUCGCAAUACGUGUCCAAUCCGACCGUUCUGUAUUCCUAAACUGUCGAUUUGAAGGCUACCAAGACACGUUAUACGCAUACACGCACCGCCAAUAUUACAGAAGUUGCGUUAUUGUCGGAACAGUCGAUUUCAUCUUCGGUGAUGCGGCAGCCAUAUUCCAGAACUGUGACAUCUUCAUCAGAAAAGGUUUACCGGGGCAGAAGAACACGGUGACUGCUCAAGGACGAGUGGAUAAGUUUCAGACGACAGGCUUUGUGAUUCACAAUUGUACAAUAGCUCCAAACGAAGAUCUUAAACCCGCAAAAAAGACCGAGUUCAAGAGCUACCUUGGCCGGCCAUGGAAAAAACAAUCUCGGACCGUCGUGAUGGAAUCAACAAUCGAGGAUGUGAUCGAUCCCGUUGGCUGGUUGAGAUGGCAAGAGACGGAUUUUGCUGUCGAUACAUUGUUUUACGGGGAAUACAAGAACGAUGGUCCAAGCGGAGCAACCGCUUCUAGGGUUAAGUGGCCUGGUUUUAGGGUUCUCAAAAAGGAAGAGGCCAUGAAAUAUACGGUGGGGCCAUUCUUACAAGGGGAAUGGAUCCAUGAGAUUGGGUCUCCGGUUAAGUUUGGUCUUUAUGAUGCUUGAUGCUUGCUUAAGACGUAAGCUGGUACGGUGCCUUGUUAUCAUUUUUUUUUUUUCUUUUAAUUGAUGUGCUUAAAGAUGAUAUUGCAUCUUGGAGUCACUAAUAGAACAUAAACAUAGUUGAGGUAAAAUUGAAUGUUUUGUUGUAGAAUAUCGAUUUCUACAGAAAUAUUUUUUCACAC